AGGACGCUCGCCCUCAGGGCCCGGCGAACUGCAGGCUCCACAAUGCCCUUGGCCCGCAGCGGGCAUGCGCGGCCGGCCCCGCCAGGCCCACCCGCCCCGUUCCCGCCCGCCGCCGGGCGGGGACAGCGUGAGCGAGGAGGCGGCCGGGGCCGGGCGGGCCGGGCCGAGGGGCGGUCGCUGCCGCGGGCGGCAGUGUUCAGAGUAGCAGUGGCGUUAAUGAUCCCCAAAAGCAGGAUUUCCAAAAUGCAUGUGUCCCCCCUCCCCGGAGCAGCUCGCCGCCCGUCUCCCAGGACAUGCUCAGCUCCGUGAAGCAGCGCGGUGUUUGUUUCAGUGUGGCCGCCCGUCGGGGAUUUGCAGGAACACUGCAGCAAAUCAUCCUGCAUGCAAGGCUGACCUCUGGGAGGCUAACAAAUUGAGUGUUACCCUCUGCCUCCUGGGAAAGUUUCUUAUCCCAGGUCUACUGCUGCUGACAGCACUUUAUAACUGAUCUCAGCUUGGGGGACUGAGGAACCAUGGACAGUGAUUGCUUGCCUUUACUCCCUCGGUGCAGCCUCUCUUGGGUCCUUGCCCUCACCAUGUCAAAGAGUGUUAAUGAUGUGUUCCCUCUCCAUUGCAUUCCCCACCUGUCAUCCUGCUAGGAUCUGACUACAGAAUGAACAUAGCAGCUGUGUUCAAUGCCCUGCUCGUGUCCGUCCUCGCUGCCGUGCUGUGGAAGUACAUCAAACUGUGCGACCAUGCCGCCACGGUGGAGGAGGAGCUGGUCCUCAUGCGCCAGUCCCAGGAGCUCUCUGAGGCUCAGAUUGACUACCACGCAGCUCUGCAGGCCCUGGUGGAGAACGGCACCAGGAUGGUGUGCACUGGCAGGAUGCACACCGACCGCAUCUGCCGCUUUGAGUCCCUCUGCUACUCCACCGAGGCCGAGGAGUUUGUCUACUUUCACAGCAACUCCUCCGUCAUGCUGCCCAACCUGGGCUCCCGGAGGUUCCAGCCGGCUCUGCUUGACCUCUCCUCUGUGGAAGAUCACAACACCCAGUACUUCAACUUUGUGGAGCUGCCAGCUGCUGCGCUGAAGUUCAUGCCAAAGCCGGUCUUUGUGCCCGACGUGGCGCUGAUUGCCAACAGGUUCAACCCAGACAACCUGAUGCACGUCUUUCAUGACGACCUCCUCCCCAUCUAUUACACCAUGCAGCAGUUCUCUGACUUAGAUCUGGAGGCAAGACUCUUCUUCAUGGAAGGGUGGAGUGAAGGUGUUCACUUUGACCUCUACAAGUUACUGAGUAACAAGCAGCCGCUCCUCAGGGAGGAGCUUAAAACCCUGGGCAGGCUCCUCUGCUUUACCAAAUCCUAUGUGGGGCUGUCCAAAAUCACCACCUGGUACCAGUACGGAUUUGUCCAGCCACAAGGGCCAAAGGCUAACAUCUUGGUUUCUGGUAAUGAGAUCAGGCAGUUCACCAAAUUCAUGAUGCAGAAACUGAACAUCAGCUUGGAGGAAAGCUCCAGUGAGGAGUACAUCGUAGUGUUCAGUCGGACAAUCAACAGACUUAUCCUAAAUGAGGCAGAACUAAUCCUGGCUCUCGCUCAGGAGUUUCAGAUGAAAACCAUUUCGGUCUCUCUGGAGGAGCAUUCAUUUUCUGACAUCGUCCGGUUGAUCAGCAAUGCGUCCAUGCUGGUCAGCAUGCACGGGGCCCAGUUAGUCAUGUCGCUCUUCCUGCCGAGAGGGGCCACCGUGGUGGAGCUCUUCCCAUAUGCUAUCAACCCCGAACACUACACCCCCUACAAAACCCUGGCAACCCUUCCUGGAAUGGACCUGCACUACAUUGCCUGGCAGAACACCGACAGGGAAGACACCGUAACCUACCCGGACAGGCCUUGGGAUCAGGGUGGGAUUGCUCACCUGGACAAGGCUGAGCAGGAGCGCAUCAUCAAGAGCACGGAGGUGCCGCGGCACCUGUGCUGCCGCAACCCUGAGUGGCUGUUCCGUGCCUACCAGGACACAAAGGUGAACAUCCCAUCCCUCAUACACGUGAUCAGGCAGACUGUGAAGUCGAAGCCCGGACCCAAGAAGCAGAAGUGGUCUGGUAGCCUCUACCCUGGCAAAGUGAGGGAUGCCAAGUGCCAGGCCUCUGUCCAGGGCACAAGUGAAGCUAAACUUGCUGUGUCCUGGCAGAUCCCCUGGAAUCUGAGGUAUCUCAAGGUCAGAGAAGUAAAAUACGAAGUGUGGAUACAAGAGCAAGGGGAAAACACUUACAUGCCUUAUAUAUUGUCCCAUCAGAAUCACACCUUCUCAGAAAACAUUAAGCCCUUCACGAUAUACCUGGUGUGGAUACGCUGCAUCUUCAACAAAAAUCUUCUGGGACCUUUUGCAGAUGUGCUCUUGUGUAGUACAUAACCUGCUGCACUACCUGUACAGCUCUAACCUGCUCUCCAAUCCAUCUGUGGUUUAAAACUUCACGUCUUGUAGUUUGUAGAGGGCUGAAGAGGACCAGUGCCUAAGUGUCCAUUUUAUUGCACUCCACAUGUAUUCUUUCAAUGGUAUUUAUUUCCAGUGAGUGUUUGGAAAAAAAAUAAAGAGAAACCUCUGUGUUCUUCAGAGUAACUUCCAGAGGUUAAAUUACAUGCUGAAUACAUGUAGUUGAAAACAGAAUGGAAGUGAAUUGUGUGUACCUUGGUCGUGAUUUAAAUUUGUUCCUAUUGUGUGGUGACUAUUUAAGCACAGCGUUAAAGCGCAGUUAAUUCCAUGGCUAAGUGGGCAAUUCUCAUCUGCUUUUUCACUGUGAGUUAUAUUUUUCUGUAACUCUUGACUGUAACUUUGAGUUCAAGAUUUUGUACGAGAGCCUUCAUUAAACUGCUGUAAACCUCCUCAA